AAAUAAUACUACAUGGGUGGACAACAUUGCCCGCUCCCAGGAGCUCAUAAUUCUUGUUAAUUCACUCCCGCAUGCUGCAUGCUUUACCGUCUGUCAUCAUAACCUCCCGUGCUUUAACAUGAAAUUAAUUUUAAAUGACUUUCUCAUUAACAAAUACACCUAUUCGCGGCCUCUUGAUUAAAAGGAUCCUUCUGAAAAAUUCGGCAUACGUAAUAUAAAUUAACUUUACAUUUUUGCUUUAAAUAUCAGUCUUUAUCCCCGGCGUGCCGGCUGUUAUCAGCGUUAGCAAACGCUACCUUUACGGUCUUAACUCGAUUAAGCGGUGGUAGCUAAGCAUAAGAAACGAUAAAAAAUGGCAUUAAAAGAUAUGCCGAUUAUAAAAGAAGGCGGUAACUUUUCAUUUAACAUACAGAGCCACGUUUUAUGGAGCGUUGUUAGUUUGUUAUUGCCGUGCCGCCGGCUCAGUGUUGCCAGAUCCUAAUGGUGUUUGGCGUGUCUUGCCCAGUGCCAAGGAGAAGCGAGUGCACUGCUAAUCCUGGAUUACCAAGCGCACGAACCUUACUGCAGUUUAAGACCAGCGGCACAAGUGAAUAUUAAAAUUGACCUACAGUAAACAUGGUUAUAAUCAGAGCAGCAGUUAUUCUUCAGUUAGAUCUUAUUUUGAUGGCACUGAUAUGUCCUCUCUUCGCCUCUUCCUUUGACAUCUUCAGCUUCUUCUAUGGACCUCUGCCUGCUUCUUGUGUAAUGGGGAAUUUAACCUCCUCCCAUCCAAGGGGUCUGUCCAGCACUGCCUGUUUACAGUACGUUCAGGAUGUGGUGUCACAGAACUGUGUCGUGAUAUUUUCCAAGACCACCUGCCCAUAUUGUAAAAUGGCCAAAAACGUCUUCAACGAAAUUGGCGCAACCUACAAAGUGAUCGAACUGGAUGAGCACAAUGACGGGCGGAGUCUGCAAGAGGCCCUAGCUCAGAUGACCGGUGCCAGGACGGUCCCAAGAGUCUUUGUCAAUGGCCACUGCAUUGGGGGCGGGUCUGACACCAAACAGCUCCAUCAGCAAGGAAAGCUGGUGCCUCUGAUCGAGCAGUGUGCUUCCUGCUGUGCUGCCACGGGCUCUGAAGGCUCAGUUGUCCUAUUGCUUUCUACCACCCCUAAGCAGUCGCGGGGGAUUGCUGCCCGUUCCUGGUUCUGCCAGAGGUUUCUUCCUGUUAAAAGGGGGUUUUUCCUUCCUACUGUCCCCAAGUACUUGCUCAAAGGGGGGUAAUUGAUUUUUGAGGUUUUCUCUGUAUUAUUGUAGGGUAUUUUCCUUAUAGUAGAAAGUGCCUUGAGGUGACUGCUCUUAUGAUUUUUGCUAUAUAAAUAAAACACAAUUGAACUGAAGU